AUGUGGAGAAAUCAUGUGAAAAAUAAAUGCCCCGCUGCCAAAUGGAAAUGUUUCAAAUGUAAUAAGUUUGGUCAUUAUAGAAAUCUAUGUCCAGGUACAGACAAAAAGCCAUAUAUUGUAGGAGCAAUGGAGCAGCAGGAGCUCGAGCAGGAGGAUGUGUAUUCGGAAGAAGUAAAUAGUGAUCUAUACAAUUUAAGUUUAAAUACUUUGAAUGUUGUGAGUGCUAGUGAUAAUUCACCUCAUCGGCUUCCUUUGGAUGUAAAUAAGCACACCAGUGCGGUUACAUACAUGGUAAAGGUUAGUGGCAAAACAGUGUACAAGCAUGUCAAUAAUCUGAGGAAAUUACCAUUCCCUGAGCAGAAUAGUCAAUUACAAAUUCCAUGUGACACUGUUCUGCCGCUGGCUGCCACUGUGGGCGCAGAAAUGGUGAUGGCUUCGCCUGCAGUGACACAUCCAGUUUCAAGUGGAUCUUCUAACUUGAGUAAAUCUGGUACUGAGAACGAAAAUAAUGAUGAGUUAGAUAAAGCAAUGGCCAUGCCUACUUCUUUGGGUACACCCAAGAAUAUUACUGGCUCUUCUGAUUCUAAUAUUUCAGAAAACUCUGGAUGA